UCACCCUUUAAAAAAAAGAAACCGUCUUUUCACUACCUCUCUCUCUCUCCUUCACUCUCCUCUCUGUUGCUUCCUUUCUCCGGCGAGUUUCUCGGCUGAGAUUGUAAAUUUUUGUGUCUUUUCUGAGAUUAUGCUGAGCUCAACUCUUGACAAGAACCAAAUGUCUUCUGACAUAAGCUAAACUCUCUUCUUACAAUCACUGUCUGAUUCUUUUUCGGCAUAAAGUCUUCUUCUUUUUGCUUUGAAUUGCAUAUGGCAGCUCAAUUCAACGGAUCUAGCUACUUCAAGUUCUGAUUCUCUGAGCUAGGGUUGUUUUAAAUUAGCUUCCUUUUUUUUUGGGAUUGUUCGUAGUCCUGUUCAACUGUUUUGUUUGGGAAAGGGAUGGGUAGGAGGCAAAUCUCACAGGAUGAAGUAGGACCACCGAUAAACCCAAGAGCUGGAUUGCGCAGGGAACAAGCUGGUAGAGGUUCUUACCGAGGAAGUUAGUCACUUUGUUAGCUCAUCGUUGUGGGAUAAAAAAAGUUCCUUUUUUUGGGAGUGGGUGGAGACAAGACUUUGUUUUUUUGUUGUUGUUUUUUUCUUGAACUUAUAAAAGAAUCAAAGGAAAGAGUUUUGUGUUUUUUUUUUCUUUUUUCAUUUCUUGAGAGUUAUCAUCUCUGUCUCUCUUAGAGAAUGGGUUCUACCUCGCAAGAGAUACUGAGGAGCCUCUGCUCCAAUACGGAGUGGAGAUAUGCUGUGUUCUGGAAACUUAACCAUCGGUCUCGAAUGGUACUUACCUUGGAGGAUGCUUACUAUGACAAUCAUGGGCACAAUAAUAACUCACCUGAAGUUCAGGGUUGCAGCGUUGUACCAAAGGACAUGCAUGGAGCACAUGACUCCCUUGGUUUAGCUGUGGCGAAGAUGGCUUAUCAUGUCUAUUCUCUAGGGGAAGGGAUUGUAGGACAAGUUGCGGUUUCUGGAGGAUACCAAUGGGUAUUCCCCGAAUAUAAUGGCAACUGCCACUCAGCAUCUGAGUUUCAUAACGUUUGGGAGAGUCAAAUAUCUGGUGGAGUAAAGACCAUUCUUGUAGUAGCUGUUGGUCCCUGUGGUGUUGUGCAGCUAGGCUCUUUGCAUAAAGUUGAUGAAGAUGUGACAUUGGUGAAUCAUAUCCGACAUAUGUUUUUGGCACUGAAGGAUCCACUGGCAGAUCAUGCAGCAAGUUUAAUGCAAUGUAAUUUGAACAAUUCGUUGUCUCUGCCAAAAAUACCUUCUGAAUGUUUACAUGUUGAGGCUUUACCUAAUUGCUCUGGAGAAGUUGGCAAAGCUAUGAAUGUGGCUAGCGUGCCUUAUAAUACACCUUCAUGUCUUCUCAUGGAGAAGGCAGCCCAAGCUGUGCAAGGAUCUUCUUGUGGGAGUUAUAGCAGUGUUACGUUUGGCUUUCCAAUUGAUUUGGUUGAUGCCAAACAUGAGAGUCAAGUAGGUACAAAUAUAGUCAGUUAUGCACCUCAUGUGCUCAACAAUUCAAGUUCAUCUGCUUUAGCAACUGAGGCUGAAAGAUUGAUAUCAAGCCAAUCAUAUCCAGGCUUGGACUCAACUUUUUAUGAUUCAUCAAGAACAGGUAAAGAAAGUUCUUACCAAAAUGAAGUGUUCCAACUAUCUGAGAACCAAGGAAACAGAUACAUAGAGGAGACUGAGCGUAUGCUGGAGGGGAAAUGCAAGGAUGCUUUGAUCUCAUCUGGAUAUCCAUUUGCUGGCAGCGAGCUGCUAGAGGCAUUAGGCUCUGGUUUCAAGCAAACGAGCAGGGGUGGUCAUGAGGAGCUAGUGAAGUCUGAACAUGGUUCAACAACAAGACCAACGGAUGAUAUGAGUCAUAGCCAGCUUACAUUUGACCCUGGCCCUGAGAAUCUUCUAGAUGCUGUGGUUGCUAAUGUGUGUCAUAGCGAUGGCAAUGCCAGGGAUGAUAUCUUAUCUAGCAGAUCGGUACAGUCAUUGCUUACCAGCAUGGCAGAACCUUCAGGUCAAAAGAUGCAUAACCAGCUGCCACUAGCAGAGGUGUAUACUCAACAGAAUCCAUCAGACAUCUGCGGAGCAUUUUCUUCGAUUGGAUUCUCAUCCACGUGUCCCAGCUCGUCUAGUGAUCAGUUUCAGACAUCCCUGGAGAUGAUGCCCAAGAAGAUCAAAAAGAGGGCUAAGCCUGGAGAAAGCUCUCGGCCUCGACCAAGAGACAGGCAACUCAUUCAGGAUAGGAUCAAGGAACUUAGAGAACUUGUGCCUAAUGGAUCUAAGUGCAGUAUUGAUUCUUUGCUAGAACGCACAAUCAAGCACAUGCUCUUUUUGCAGAAUGUUACUAAGCAUGCUGACAAGCUGAGUAAAAGUGCUACUACAAAGAUGCAACAAAAGGAAACUGGCACACAAGGUUCAAGCUGUGCAGUGGAGGUUGGAGGCCAUCUUCAAGUGUGCUCGAUUAUCGUUGAGAAUCUGAACAAGCAGGGGAUGGUGCUUAUCGAGAUGUUAUGUGAAGAAUGUGGCCAUUUUCUUGAGAUAGCAAAUGUGAUCAGGAGCUUGGACCUCAUCAUACUAAGAGGUGUCACAGAGGCUCAGGGGGAGAAAACAUGGAUAUGCUUUGUAGUUGAGAGCCAAAACAACAAGGUAAUGCAGAGGAUGGACAUUUUGUGGUCUCUGGUGCAAAUCUUUCAGCCAAAGGCCAAUGGCAAGCACUAGCAGCAACGUUGGUUUCAAGGCUUUGCGUUUGGAGGAGGAAAACAGAACUUGCUGUGUGCUUGUACAGUGUUGUUGAUACUUGUUUUUGUUUGUUUGGGGUUUUAGGUAUAAUUUUUUACUUAGUGUGCAUGUUUGAGUUCUCAGUGUGUUUAUGAUUUGCUUGUUUGCUUUGGAGUUGGGACUCUUUAUAAAUACAGUAAAAUGUUUAUAAAUUAAAACCAGUUUAAUUAUUUUCCAUACUAA